AUGCCGCUCUUUGCCACCAAUCCCUUCGAUCAGGAUGUGGAAAAAGCAACCAGUGAGAUGAAUACUGCUGAAGACUGGGGCCUCAUUUUGGACAUUUGUGAUAAAGUUGGUCAGUCUCGCACUGGCUAUGAAGAUGACAAAGACAAGGCUGCGGAACAAGCAAAAGCAAGCCCUGCUCUGGUAGCAAAGGAUCCUGAAACUGUGGCUAACAAAAAGGAAGAAGAAGACUUAGCAAAAGCUAUUGAGUUGUCCCUGAAAGAACAAAGGCAACAGCCAACCACACUCUCCAGUUUGUAUCCAAGCACAUCCAAUCUCUUAACUAACCAUCAACAUGAAGGUCGAAAAGUUCGUGCUAUUUAUGACUUUGAAGCUGCUGAAGAUAAUGAACUAACUUUUAAAGCUGGAGAAAUUAUUACAGUUCUUGAUGACAGUGACCCCAACUGGUGGAAAGGUGAAACCCAUCAAGGCAUAGGGUUAUUUCCUUCUAAUUUUGUGACUGCAGAUCUCACUGCUGAACCAGAAAUGAUUAAAACAGAGAAGAAGACGGUACAAUUUAGUGAUGAUAUACAGGUAGAGACAAUAGAGCCAGAGCCGGAACCAGCCUUUAUUGAUGAAGAUAAAAUGGACCAAUUGCUACAGAUGUUGCAAAGUACAGAUCCCAGUGAUGAUCAACCAGAUUUGCCAGAGUUAGUUCAUCUAGAAGCAGUGUGUCACCAGAUGGGACCUCUCAUUGAUGAAAAACUGGAGGAUAUUGAUAGAAAACAUUCAGAACUCUCAGAACUUAAUGUAAAAGUGAUGGAAGCACUUUCUUUGUAUACCAAGUUAAUGAAUGAAGAUCCAAUGUAUUCUAUGUAUGCAAAAUUACAGAAUCAGCAGUAUUACAUGCAGUCAUCAGGUGUUUCUGGUUCUCAGGUAUAUCCAGGGCCUCCUCAGACUGGUGCUUAUCUGGUUGCAGGGAAUGCACAGAUGAGCCAUCUGCAGAGCUACAGCCUUCCCCCAGAGCAACUGUCUUCUCUCAGCCAAGGAGCCGGUCCGCCGACUGCAAACCCAGCCCUUCCGAGUCAGCAAGCUCAGACUUCUUAUCCCAACACAAUGGUCACUUCUGUCCAAGGAAAUGCAUAUCCCAACCAGGCUUCAGUAUAUAGUCCACCCCCUCCUACUGCUGCUGUUGCUGCUGCUGAUGUCACUGUAUACCAGAAUGCAGGAACUAAUAUGUCUCAGUUGCAAAACUAUAAUUUGACGUCAUCAACUCUGCCUCAAGCAGCAGGCAGUCAACAGCCACCUCAGCCACAGCAACCAUAUUCUCAGAAGGCUCUGCUAUAG